GCGGCCGCCGGCCCCGCGGCAGCCCCCGGCACAUGGGCCGCGGGUCGGGGCGCUCGGAGCCGGGGAUGGCCGUACCGCCCGGCCGCUGCCCGGAUUGCUGGGAAACGGAACGGGGCGGCGGUGGAGGUGGAAGUCGUGGGGUUCCCGGCGUGCUCCAGCUCGGUGUGUUGGUGGAUGAAGGGGACGUGCUGCCCGGAGCGCUGCGGCUGAUGCGGGAGCUGAGACCCAGCUGGGAGCCGGCCAGGGUGAAGACCAAGGGACGUGCGGGCAUCGCUCUGCCGCCCCUUCUCCCCUGCAGCUCUUCACUGACGGCAUCACCAACAAGCUGGUGGCCUGCUACACGGACGAGGACAUGGCAGAUGCAGUGCUGGUCCGUGUCUAUGGCAGGAAGACGGAGCUCUUUGUGGACCGGGAGACGGAGCUGAGGAACUUCCAGGUGCUGCGUGCCCACGGCUGUGCCCCUGACCUCUACUGCGCCUUCCAGAAUGGGCUCUGCUAUGAGUUCCUGCCCGGCAUCGCUCUGGGGCCUGACCAUGUGCGGGACCCCCGCAUAUUCAGGCUGGUGGCCCAGGAGAUGGCCCGGGUGCACGCCAUCCACGCCAACGGGAGCCUCCCCAAACCCAUCCUCUGGCAGAAGCUGCACAAAUACCUCGCCCUCGUGAAGAUGGACCUCAGCCCAAAGGUACCCAACCCCAGCCUCCACCAGGAUGUGCCCAGCCUGGAGAUGCUGGAACACGAGCUGGCCUGGAUGAAGGACACACUCUCGCAGCUGGGCUCCCCCGUCGUGCUGUGCCACAAUGACCUGCUCUGCAAGAACAUCAUCUACAACAGAGCUCAAGAGCACGUCCGCUUCAUCGACUACGAGUACACCGGCUACAACUACCAGGCUUUUGACAUUGGGAACCACUUCAAUGAGUUUGCAGGUGUGAAGGAGGUGGACUACCGCCUGUACCCCAGCAAGGAGACCCAGCUGCAGUGGCUGCGCUCCUACCUGCAGGCCUACAAGCAGCUCACCCAGGGGGGGCAGGGAGGCACCGGGGUCACCGUGUCCGAGAAGGAGCUGGAGGCUCUCUAUGUGCAAGUGAACAAGUUUUCUUUGGCAUCCCAUUUCCUCUGGGCAUGCUGGGGCCUGAUCCAGGAUAAAUACUCUACCAUAGACUUUAACUUCUUAAGAUAUGCAAAGCUAAGGUUUAGGCAGUACUUCAAGAUGAAGCCGGUGGUCACAGCCCUGCAGAUCUCCAAAUAGCAGCUCUGGCCCGUGGGACCCUGAGUUAUUUUGUCCUUGCUGCAUCCACAGCCCUGGCACCUCCCUCGCCCCCUCCCCGCCCAGGGGUGAGGGCAGGUCCCGAUGGUGGGAAGGGGGAAGAGGAGCUUUGCCCCAGCCACCGAUUAAAGGAGACCCUGGACAUACCCAAGACUGGACCAUGAGAUGCUCGAGAGGACCACGGAGCGGUCCCUGCCUACACAAGGAAGCCUCACCAUCGCCUUACAGCGAGCCUGGCUCAGCCCCGCUGCCUGGCAGCCCCGUGUCUUGCUGGCAUUGCUGCUGCUGGGCCUGGCACGGGGAGGAAAUGGGACCCCUCAUCCAUCCAUUCGGGAGCACUAAGCACUGCUGGGGUGCUUUAGCUGCCCUGUGCUCAAGCUGUGCCCGUUGGCUUCACUGUUCUCUCUGCCCCCCCUGCCCUGCCUGCUCGGUGCUCUCGCCCCCCAAAACCACCCUCCAUAGGUCUGUGUUCACCCCAAAGCCGGGGCUGUAUCUGAGCACGGGACCCUUUUCCAAGCAGGAUGGGUGCUGCUGCCAUCCAGCUCCAGGAUGAGCCACGGCACUGCAAGACAGCAAAGGCAGCAGCAUCAGCAGGUGCUUCAAGCACUGCUCUGUGCUCAGCCCGGGGCUGUACCUCCCUACAGCCCCAUCAGCUUCACUUGCAGCACCCCACAGCACAGCAGGGGGACUCCCAGCCCUAUAGCCCCCCCCUGUCCCCCAGUGCUGGGGGGCUCAGUGCAGCUACAGGUACAGAGCGUGGCUGCCCCAUCCCUGCACUCCUCCCCCCAUCAGUGCAGCUCUGGAGGCCCACGUGAGAUGCCCUGGCAGGAGGUGGAUGGAGCCGACCUGUCCCAAGGAGUGGGUACAGCUUUGUCCCCAGCUGGCAUUUGGCUGCUGUCCCCUCUGCAAGGAUGAGCCCACCACACUGAGCACUGCCCAGCUCGUGACAGUGGUGGUGCAUCAGGUGGGGGCUGGGGGACACGGUCACUUGCCUCGGCUGCUUGGCAGGUGCCAUGGGACAAAGCAUCUGCCCCCUCUGCCAGGGCACAGGAGCCUAACCCAGCAACAACCCGCGACUUUUGUUGCAUCUGGUGUUUGUUUUGGUGCACAAUAAAAGCUGCUGGUAGCUGGAAA